AUGAUCGGAGGGAGGGGUUUCACUCAGGCUGGAAACUACCAUGCCCAUCAUGCACCAGGGGCGGGACUGCCACUCCCAUCAUGCACCGGGGGCGAGGCUUGCCUCCUGCGGCGUGUGCUGGCCUCAGGACUACAGCCCCCAGCAUGCACCGGGAUUGCGGUGCGGUGUGCAGGGAUUCUCGUCCCCGUGCUGCGCGCGGGACGCUCGGAGAGGGCGGCAGGCGGGGAGAAGCCGGCGGAAGGGGACGCGCCUAGCGCGAAGCGGCCCCGAGACCCCACUCACUACGGCCCCAUCCCCGGCAGCGUCCUGCCCACGUGGGGAGGCGGAUUCCUGACAAGGCCCCAGCUCAGCAGUGCCUGCCUCUGGAGCAAGAUGUCUGAGAGAAGCAGCCCCAUUCGGCUGGACCUGAGCUCCCUGCGGGGGGCGCCCCAAGAUGUCCUGCACCUGCUGCCCUGCGAGGUGGAGCACAACGGCAGUGCCCCAGUGGACAGAUACUUCACCCCGGCCAUCCGCCAGGGCUUGCAGGAGAAAUCUGUAUCCUUCCGUGGCAGGAGCCUCAAGGGGCAGGAGGUGAUGGUGCCCCAAGGUUAUGUGGGGCUGGUUCUGAAGGAGGAUCAAAGGCCUUGCACAGAGGAGGAGGAGCGGACCCUGCGGCUGAAAUCAACUUUUGGGACGCUGACAGUUUGGAACCUGGAGCAGGCUCCAAGUGCGGAUGAUGGGCUGCUCCUGGCUCUGAGCUGGCCAAGGAUUGCAGAGGCCAUCCAUGCACCAGUGUCGAGGAAGGAACAGUGAGUCCAUGGCGGAGGCAGCGGUCCCAGGACUGCCAGCCACUGGCUGCUGCUGGGGUCUGCAUUGGGUUUUUUUGGCCCCAUCACCCUGCGUGGUGGCUCCAUGCUGAGAAUACAUGGAUCUCACAAAGA